GCAGCGCUUUAGUACUUUGACACGAGAGAGAGGAAAGUGCAGGCACAACAAUCAAAGAUGCCUGUCAAAAAUCUAUCGUUGGGAUCAUAAAAAAACAGCAUAUGUUUCGAUAAAUUUAGACAUCUAAACUAUUCAAUUAAACUUUUAAUUAUAGACAUGGUUUGAGGGAAUACAAGACGUUAACAAUUCACUCCGAAAAAUGCAAAAUUAUCGAGUAGUUGCCUGGAUAAAAGUUUGACCAUAAGUUUAGCAAAUCACAAAUAAAAAUGGACAAACAGGAUUUGGAUAAUUACACACGUGUUCCACUAGUGUCACUGCCAGAUUCGGUACCAGCAUGGCACGACGAUGUUCCGUGGAUACCUGGGGUGUCCGAGACCGAGUCACCAGGUAAACCUAAUGGAAAUGCUUAUGAUGAGACUGUGUUAUCAGAUGAUUGUGGUGAUAUAGAGAAACUUAGUCAAUUGGAGAAAUUGAAGAUAAGGGUAAUCAACGGAAAGAUCAAGCAGAAUUUGUCGUAUGGAGAGCUGAAGCUGCUUGGGUGCAGCAGUCUGGGAUUCGUAACUGAUGAUAUACGAAGGGUUCUCUGGCCGAAACUCCUGAGGAUAGACGAGAUGAAGACGUUGGACACCUCUGAAUUGCCUCAUGUUCAUGAAAAACUUACUGAUGGGGUUUACCAGCAGAUCCUGAAGGAUGUGGCGAGGAGUGGUGGACAUUUACCUGCGGAUUCUACAGAGGCUGAGUAUGAGGCAUUCCAUCGGAAGCUGGCGCAGGUCAUUUGUUGGGUUCUUCAUCGACAUCCAGAACUCAACUACUAUCAGGGGUACAAUGACGUUGCAGCAACAGUUCUCAUCGUCAUGGGGUUGGAGAAAGGCCUCCUGGUCCUUGAGAAAAUAACUGUCGAGUAUCUGGAGAGGUUUAUGGAACAGACCAUGGAGAGGGUUAACCAAGAGUUGUUUUAUAUAUUUGCAUUGUUGGAGAGGGUUCAUCCAACAUUAUUAGAGCAUUUGGAAAAUGUGGAAUUAUUUCCACAUUUUGCCCUGGCCGAGUACACGACGUGGUACGCCCAUAAAUACGCUGAGAAUCGUAAAUUACUUCAUCGAUUGUUUGAUUUCUUCCUGGGCACACCUACAUUGAUGCCCCUCUAUCUGAGUACUGUGAUUGUCGCCCAUCGUGAUACUGAGAUAUUCAAUACCACUCCGGAUAUGGGACAUACUCAUAAAGUUCUAUGCACCUUACCUGAUGAUCUACCCUUCGAAGAACUCCUCAUAAAAGCCAAAAAUCUCUAUCGAGACUAUCCCCCAGAGUCAAUAAACACUGAUGUCCGCGAUUUCGAUCAAAAGCGAAGAUGCAAAGAACGAGAGUGGAAACAGAAAGCUGAAGCCAGUAGAUUAGAACGUGAAAGACUCAGGCGACUUAAAGUUUCUGUACCUCAACCCAGAAUACCAUAUCGUCUGCGUUCCUACAGGACUAUAACCGUCGUCACGAUUAUCGCAAUCGGUCUGUAUGCAUUUUUAAAAACAGGCUCUGGACUCAACUGACAUUAGUGGAAAAUCUUGCCUUAAAUUUUCUACACCAAAUUUUUCUACAUCGAGGCCAUUUGAAAUAUCGAGAGUAUAUUUAUCCAAAGAUUUUUGCAGUGAGACAAAUGCUUCUUGUCCCCAGUAGAAUGAAUUAUAAUUGUAAAUCGACCAUUCCUGUGUGAUGCCUUUAUGCGCAGAGAAGAAGUCAUUUGAAUAAUUAAAAUAUUAAAAAUGUAAUGGCGAAUUUGGAAAUACGGCAAGAUUUUGAAUUUUGAAUUUUUGGAAUUGCAUCGAAUUCAAGUGAUUGAUAGAACGAUUCGAUUAUUAAAGAUCGAAAUAAAUUCAAUAUUUGGAUGAAUAUUCUUCUCUGUGUUCUCGAGAACUGAAUAAAUCCUCAAGCAAUGGAGUUGAAUGAAAAUUUUAGGGUAAAAAUGAAAAUGAAUUGAACAUUCUGAAAGAUGAAUCAAUGUGAAUUAUUUAUUAUAAUAUAUUGAAGAGCAAAUUAUUAAUGAAAGUGCAAAUUAUAACACGUGUUAAAUAUCUAGAUUCAAGCCAUGUACGUAUGGAUUUUAUUUGUAUUUAAAAAUCAAUGGGAUGGAUGUAAAAAGUAGGGUAGAGGAAAAUUGGAAGAUCCGAGCUGUGGAAUAAAAUAUUGUUUUUCUCUUUUGAA